GCAGUCCCUGCCCCAAUGAGCCUGCAGUGUAGGCAAGUUGCACUGCUGACACUGCCUUUAUUUUCAGGUGUCCUGGUGGGUGUCAUCCUUCGCUACGGAAUCCAUGUUCCCAGUGACAUUAACAAUGUGACCCUAAGUUGCCAAGUGCAGACCAGCCCGGCCACGCUGUUAGUGAAUGUCAGUGGGAAGUAUUAUGAGUACACCCUGAAAGGCGAGAUCAGUCCCCAGGAGCUCAAUAAUGUCCAGGAUAAUGAAAUGCUGAGAAAGGUGACAUUUGACCCUGAAGUAUUUUUCAAUAUCUUGCUCCCUCCAAUUAUAUUUUAUGCAGGAUACAGCUUAAAAAGGAGGCAUUUCUUCAGAAACCUGGGCUCAAUCCUAGCAUAUGCCUUUCUUGGAACUGCAAUAUCCUGUCUUAUGAUAGGCUCCAUCAUGUACGGCUGCGUAGCCCUGAUGAAAGUCACUGGACAGCUUGGAGGGGAUUUUUACUUUACUGAUUGUCUCUUAUUUGGUGCCAUCGUAUCAGCCACCGACCCAGUGACUGUUCUUGCCAUAUUCCAUGAACUUCAGGUUGAUGUAGAGCUGUAUGCCCUUCUCUUUGGCGAAAGUGUCCUCAAUGAUGCCGUUGCCAUAGUGCUGUCUUCUUCAAUCGUAGCGUACCAGCCAGCAGGUGACAACAGCCACACAUUUGACGUCAUGGCAAUGCUUAAGUCGAUUGGGAUCUUCCUUGGGAUAUUCAGUGGAUCCUUUGCAAUGGGAGCUGCUACUGGAGUAGUCACUGCUUUAGUCACCAAGUUCACGAAACUCCGUGAGUUCCCGUUGCUGGAAACAGGGUUGUUUUUCUUGAUGUCUUGGAGCACGUUUCUGCUGGCUGAAGCAUGUGGUUUUACAGGUGUGGUAGCAGUACUGUUCUGUGGGAUCACACAAGCCCACUACACGUAUAAUAAUUUGUCUACUGAGUCCCAGCAUAGAACUAAACAGUUGUUUGAGCUUCUGAAUUUCUUGGCAGAAAACUUCAUCUUCUCCUACAUGGGACUCGCAUUGUUCACCUUCCAGAAUCACGUCUUUAACGCCACUUUUGUAGUAGGGGCUUUUCUAGCCAUCUUCCUGGGAAGAGCUGCUAACAUUUACCCUCUGUCCAUGUUACUUAAUUUGGGUAGAAGAAACAAGAUUGGAACAAAUAUCCAGCACAUGAUGAUGUUUGCUGGGCUGCGAGGAGCCAUGGCCUUUGCCUUGGCUAUUCGAGACACCGCUACCUACGCUAGACAGAUGAUGUUCAGCACAACGCUUCUCAUAGUGUUCUUCACUGUCUGGGUUUUUGGUGGUGGCACCACAGCCAUGUUAUCAUGCCUGAAUAUUAGAGUUGGUGUGGAUGCGGAUCAAGAAAACGUAGGGGUCCCGGAGAACGAGAGGAGGAGUACGAAAGCAGAAAGUGCCUGGCUGUUUAGGAUGUGGUACAACUUCGACCAUAACUAUUUAAAGCCUCUGUUGACACAUAGUGGUCCUCCUCUCACAACUACGCUUCCUAGUUGUUGUGGACCUAUUGCCAGAUGCUUGACAAGUCCUCAGGCCUAUGAAAAUCAAGAGCAGCUGAAGGACGAUGAUUCUGAUCUUAUUUUGAACGACGGAGACAUCAGUUUGACAUACGGGGAUUCUACCGUGAACACUGAUUCUGUAACAUCUAGUGGCGCUUCACGGAGGUUUGUUGGAAACAGCUCUGAAGAAGCACUGGAUCGGGAACUUGCUUUUGGGGAUCAUGAACUUGUAAUACGGGGAACACGCCUGGUUCUUCCCAUGGAUGAUUCUGAACCUCCAUCAAAUGUGCUCGAUAGCGCAAGACAUGGCCCAGCGAGCUGUACAAAGCCAGAGCAAAAGGACCAUCUCUUCCCUGGAGACUCAGCAAUCUUCAUAUAAAAGAGGUGGUGAUGAAGGAAUACAAUGGGCAGAUGCAGGGAGCAUGAGGACAUAAUGCGAUGGUACUGGUGAUGUGGUAAGCAGCUGUUACAGCUCUCAGUACUUACGGACUGGAAAGCAAAGGCACCAGGGAUGAUGCAAAGCAGUGGCAGGCUUAGGUUUAAAUCUAGGAGUUCAGACUCUUGAACUUUCAUUUUAACUGUAAGGCCAUGGUUUUUCCCUUCAUGCCAGUCUCUUAGAAAAAGCACUUCAUUGGUUCCCUCUAAGUAUGUUGUAUAAAGUAUUUUCUGUUGCAGAUGUUUAUGAUUGACCCCUCUGACCUGGUGUUACACACUCUCUCUUCACGUAGAGACACUAAAGCAGUCGUUCUUUUGUGUAGAAGAAGCAAUGGAGCUGUUCUCUUUUGUCUGAGUACACUUGUCUGUAAAAGUCUGUCUAACCCAUCCAGAUAGCAGAUCAUGAGUGUGUUUUGGUUGUUUGUGCCUAAAACCAUCUAGCCUAGUCAGCCCACAUUUCCUUUUGCAAGUGGGAGAUUUGUACGGUGGUCAGACAGCCAGGAGGCAAUGGCAGUGUCACGUUCGUCCUGUCUGACCUGUUUGCACCUUGUGAUCUGCACGCAGCAAGGAGGCCUCUGUUUUACAUUUUCUGGACCUUGCUGAUUUUUGUCUGAGGUGCUGCAUUCACCCACAUGCAAAACUGACUACAGACAAGCUAGUGCAGUCUCAAACCACAGACAAGAACUGCUUGCCAAGAGUCAGCUUUGCUCCAGAUGUCUGCGCCACUGAAAUCCACAUGAAAAAUUGACCCAAAAAUCCUCAAGGCAGUGUUGUUUUAUUAAAGAAACGUAUUCAGUUGAACAGUGACUGUCACACACAGCUGCUGUACCUGAUUUGCACAAAUCAUAAGAAAUGCAAACACAAAUUGUAUAAUUUACUCCACAUAAAAUUGUUCAAGUUAUUUAGAAGCUGAAACGUGGUUGAAAGAGAGCUGUUAUUCAAAGAGCAAGACAUGGGGGAGGGAGGAGGGUACUUGACAGCUAACACAGCAUCCUGGUGUUGCACACAGCAUUUACCAGUAUCAAUGAGGGGUUGGUUGGUUGCUUAAGAUGCUGUGUAAUGGGCACAGGCAAGCUGUGCGGGCUAUAAUGAUUAUAGAGUGGAAUAAUAACAAAAACAUUUCCAUGUGGAUCCAAUAAAUUUUGUCACGGCCCUUUGAUAAAAAGUAACAUCGUUACUGAUGGGGUAAUGAUGGGUUAACGUAAUUAAUUUGUGCCUCUGUAAUGAAAACCAGGAUUGUUAUGAGUUUCUCAGGAGAAGCAAGUGCCGUUUUCUUCAGAUCCCCUCCUCUUGCUGGAGAGAUCGGUGUAUUAUUUCUUUUCUUGUCCUUGCUCUAAGAAGAAUUCCUAUGGUGGUGGGUAAGAGGAGGUAAGUUGCUGCACCGUGAAUGCUUGAAUGGUCUGUGCAGUAACACCCCGACAUGCACCCGAAACAGCUGGACUGUACUGAACUUGUAUUCACAACAGCUAUUUGUGUAUAAAAGCCAGCGCAAACACGGAAUCAGCUUCACAGUAGACCGAGCACUUUAGUAGUAGUUUCUUCUCGCAGUUCCUCAAAAGAGCCCAACACCAUCUGUCCCUUCCCCAGAUGUUCCAACUCCACAAAAGUUCAUGUUAACAAUGUAAUAUAAACUUGGUUUAAAAAAAACUUGUCCAAGCCUCAUAGGGCUAACGUUGGAUUUUACCAGCUGCAUCUUUAUGCAGAACACAUGUUCAUACAGUGCUGUUCCCCUACUCUGUGGGCUCUGGAGAAAGUCAUGAAAUAAAAAAAAAAAAAAAAGUCUUC